ACAACGGGUGUCACCGAAAGGUAGAAAAACGAAUUUUUAAUAACAAAAAGUUUUAAUUAGCUUUCAUUUGAGCUGAAACGUUGUCGCCCCUUCUGUUGUCUAACUAAUUUGGGCGAACUUGCUUAGGCAACAGAAUCAACGUGCUUGCAUCCUAUCUUGCAUAAGUGAAACCCCAGCAAAGUGUCGCCCAACCUCCGAUAUCGGUUUCCCUACGCGCAUGCCCCUUUUGCCCCAGCAAAACAGCGAUCCACAGAAAAGCCGCGACAGGCAAUAGUAUUGCCAUUGCAGAUGUCGUGUGGGUGAUAAUGCUACUCUCCAACAACCGAAAAACCGGCUUCUGCAAACCCGUCACACUCUGUCUGUGAUAUGUAAAGUGACGUCUUUUCAAAACUAAUCAAGCCAAAAACCGGUAAUCCGAUAUUCGGUAUUCGCGAUCUCCUGUAGUGCGUGUGAGGGUAGUUCGGCAAAAUGACGAUCUUAACCAGCAAAGCGAAGCACUACUUACACUGUUGUCUUUUUAUUUAUGUGAUAUUCAUGUUCGAGAUCCUCACCGGCGGGAUCAAGUUAUUGGACAGUGGCGUGUACAUCCCCCCGGAAGACAUUAACCCCUGGGUGCAGUACGGCUUUCUGGGGGCGCUGGUGCUGUACCUGCUUAGGUUAGUGACUUUCCUACCCCUGCCACAAGUGUUGUUUAAUUUUGUGGGACUCACGUAUUACAAUGCCUUCCCCGACAAGGUGGUGCUUAAAGCAUCCCCGAUUUUGGCCCCCUUUAUCUGCAUACGAAUAGUCACGAGGGGUGACUUUCCGCAACUGGUCAAGGCCAACGUUAAUAGGAACAUGAAUAAGUGUCUGGAUGCCGGCUUGGAAAACUUCCUCAUAGAAGUCGUCACCGAUAAGAGUAUAGGCCUGGAUAAGCACAGAAGAGUUAGAGAGAUCGUGGUCCCUCCAGACUACCGAACCAAAUCCGGAGCUCUGUUCAAAGCCAGAGCUCUGCAAUACUGUUUAGAGGAUAAGGUUAAUCUUCUCUCGGCAAAUGACUGGAUUGUGCAUCUCGACGAAGAGACGCUUCUUACGGAGAACUCUGUUAAAGGCAUCUUGAAUUUCGUUGGGGAUGGCAAACACCAGUUUGGCCAGGGUUUGAUUACUUAUGCUAAUGAGGAAGUUGUUAAUUGGAUUACGACGCUCGCGGAUUCCUUCAGGGUGACGGAUGAUAUGGGAAAACUCAAGUUGCAAUUUCGAAUGUUCCACAAACCGUUGUUCAGCUGGAAAGGAUCGUUUGUCGUCACGCAGUUCAACGCCGAACGUGAAGUCUCCUUCGACAACGGCCUUGACGGAUCCAUCGCCGAAGACUGCUUCUUUGCCAUGAAGGCCUAUAGCCAAGGUUACAGCUUUAACUUCAUUGAAGGCGAGAUGUGGGAGAAAUCUCCUUUCACCUUCUGGGACUUCAUUCAGCAACGGAAACGCUGGGUCCAGGGAAUCCUCUUAGUUGUCCACUCCAAAGCCAUCCCGCUCAAGCAUAAACUUUUCUUAGCAUGUUCGUGUUACUCGUGGAUCACGUUACCACUUUCGGUUUCUAAUUUAGUGUUGGCGUCCAAGUUCCCCAUACCAUGCCCGCCCAUCAUUGACUUCAUUUGUGCGUUCAUCGGUGCUGUGAAUAUUUACAUGUUUGUGUUCGGUGUAAUCAAGUCGUUCACGGUUUACAGGUUCGGACUGGGACGAUUUUUGCUUUGUCUGUGCGGAGCCGUGCUCGUGAUACCUUUCAAUUUAGUUAUCGAAAAUAUCGCCGUUAUUUGGGGGAUUUUUGGCAGGAAGCAUAAGUUUUAUGUCGUUAAUAAGAACGCAAGACCGCAAGUUACAGUUUAAAUGAUCGUACCCGAAGAGGAAUGUCGGAAAUGAGAAACUUCGGACGCACAAGACCUAAGAGGAGGCCGACGCCUACUCAUUAAGUGUAAACGGGAUUUUUCUCAUUUUCGUUUUUCACUCAGUUUACUAGAGUUUUCUUUAUAUUGUUAUUUACAAAUAUAUAAAUUUGUAUUUAGUAA